UGUCGAAUAACCGUUUGUGAUUGGACGUACAACGCUAAAUCGAAACGCCCCGUUUAGCAUGUUAAGUUGAAUUUUACUGCCUCUGCUGUUCGUUGCCUCUGACCAAUCCCUCAAAUCGGAUCAAUUUUGUGGAGCAAAUUUGGACCGCAGUAGGUUUGAGGUUUAGCCGGAGAACGACGCUGCUCCAGCCUCCUUGUUGUAGACCUUCACGUCCCGGGACCUGUAGCUCUCUUUGUGCGACCGGUACUUGUUCUUCACCCGAUAUAAACUAUGGAUAAAACGGAGCUGAUCCAGAAGGCCAAGCUGGCGGAGCAGGCCGAGCGUUACGACGACAUGGCGGCGGCCAUGAAGGAGGUGACGGAGAAGGGCGGCGAGCUGUCAAACGAGGAGCGUAACCUGCUCUCCGUGGCGUACAAGAACGUGGUGGGGGCCCGACGGUCGGCGUGGAGGGUCAUCUCCAGCAUCGGACAGAAGACCGAUGGCACGGAUAAGAAGCUGCAAAUGAUCACUGAAUACCGGGAGAAGGUGGAGGUCGAACUGCGGGACAUCUGCAACGACGUAUUGGGACUGCUUGACAAUUUUUUAAUUGAGAACUCUACAAAUCCGGAGAGCAAAGUCUUCUACCUUAAAAUGAAGGGAGACUAUUUUAGAUACCUCGCUGAGGUGGCCGCUGGAGACGACAAGUCAAAAACCAUAGAGAGCUCUCAGGAGGCCUACCAGAACGCCUUUGACAUCAGCCGGAAGGAGAUGGACUCCACACACCCCAUCCGCCUCGGCCUGGCCCUCAACUUCUCUGUCUUCUUCUACGAGAUCCUCAACUCUCCAGAGAAGGCCUGCGAUCUGGCCAAGAACGCGUUUGAUGAUGCCAUCGCUGAGCUGGACAAGCUGAACGAGGAGUCGUACAAAGACAGCACUCUGAUCAUGCAGCUCCUGAGAGACAAUCUGACAUUAUGGACGUCCGACAACACUGCUGAGGAAGGCGAGGGCGGUGAGGCGGUAGAGGCCGGCGAGAACGAGAACUAAAACAACCGCCCAUCAAGUCGGGGUUCAUUCCUAAAACAAAAAGCAACAAAAAAAAAAGAAACUUUUUACACAUCCUUCAUUCCUUCUUGCUCCACUUAAAAACAUUCUUGCAUUGAACCCAUUAUUGAAAUGAGCUGUGUGGGGAAAUCUGGGCUUGGGUGGGAGGGAGGGGUUUACGGAAGAAAGUAUUGGGCUCUCAAAUUUGAACAAAAGUGAACAGAUUUGAUCAAAAGUGACCGGAGCGGCCCUCCAGUCCAUCGCUAGGUUUUAUCCCCCUGGCCCUCCCUAUGUGGCAGUGACUGCCGUAGAUUAAUAGCUUUACUCGCUAUCAGAGUCCCGGGAGGCAGUAGAGGGCAAACACUCCACGGGGCGUCUCCUUUAACAACUAGAAACUUUUAAAACAAUGAACUUGGGAGUUUUCGUUUUCAAUAAAGUUGAGUAUUCAAUAGAAUUUGAAACCUGUUAGAUUAAGACCAUUUCGUCGUCGUUUCCCCCCCUCCCCACCCUCUAUGUUUUAGUGCGUCUGUCUCUUCACAUUUCUGUGGUACGGCUACUGCUGCUGGAAGUUCAUUUUGAUGCUAAUCCCAGAGUUCCAUACGACUAGGGAGAGCCAGUAUAACGUUCAAAUGUUCUGACUUUUACUAUACCACCAGAUGGUGCCAAUCGGUUGAACGCUCACAUUUUGUCCUCUUCUAAAGCAACUGUUUCACUUCAGCAUGCCCGAGUUGGUGGGAGGGUGGGGGCGUUGUCAUUACAGGGACCUAUUAAUGGGAAAAACAGUUCUGCCAUGCAUGCAAUUUUAAAUAUGACACUGGAAUGGAAUUUAAAAAAAUGCUAUAAUGCACACAAAGUCCAAUGGUUAAGUUUGGAACUUGUCAGGGCCGGUUUGUACACAUUAAGAGGGUGUCGGUUAGUUCAGUGAUUGUUAAGAGAUUUGGACCACUAUUGUGUUUUGCUAAUCAUCGAUUGUAGUCCCCAAAAAGCCUUGUGGAACAGUUUGAUGCCCUAUGUAUCAGCUAUGUAACAUGAAUAAAACAUUUUAUAAACCCAA